AUGGCAGGCCAGGCAAUUACUAUGCGGGCUAAUGCCCUCAGGGCUGCCCGUAUCGCACAAGCCAAGUCAUCGGCCAGCGUGCCACUUCGCCCGCUGCUGCAAAGCAGACGGCACCUGGCAACCGCUCAGUCUCCCACGCCGCCGCCGAACUUCGACGUCGCUUCUCGCACCCCUCCUUACCCGAAGCUGCUCAAGAAGCUGUCCGAAGUCCGCAGCGUGCUGGGCUCUGAACGCAAGCUCACGCUCGCUGAGAAGAUCCUCUACUCCCAUCUGGAUAACCCCGAGGAGUCGCUCCUGACCGGCACGAACAAUGGAAAGGAUGUCCGCGGUGCGGCCAACCUCAAGCUCAAGCCCGACCGGGUUGCUAUGCAGGAUGCCUCGGCGCAGAUGGCCCUGUUGCAGUUCAUGUCCUGUGGCCUCCCCACCACUGCCGUCCCUGCAAGCAUCCACUGCGACCACAUGAUCGUUGGUGAGAAGGGUGCCGACACCGAUCUCCCGCGGUCCAUCCAGGGCAACAAGGAGGUCUUCGACUUCCUCGAGAGCGCUGCUAAGAAAUAUGGUAUCGAGUUCUGGCCGCCGGGCGCUGGUAUCAUCCACCAGACCGUCCUGGAGAACUACAGUGCGCCGGGUCUUAUGAUGCUUGGAACGGAUAGCCACACGCCUAACGCCGGCGGUCUUGGUGCCAUUGCCAUUGGUGUUGGUGGUGCGGAUGCGGUCGACGCCCUGGUCGAUGCGCCUUGGGAGUUGAAGGCCCCCAAGAUUUUGGGUGUUAGGCUCGAGGGAAAGCUCAGCGGCUGGGCUAGCCCUAAGGACGUUAUCCUGACUCUUGCUGGCAAGCUGACUGUGCGUGGUGGCACUAACCACAUCAUCGAGUACUUCGGCCCCGGUGUCGAUUCUCUCAGCUGUACUGGUAUGGCUACUAUCUGCAACAUGGGCGCAGAAGUUGGUGCUACUACGUCGCUAUUCCCCUUCUCCUCUGGACACGUCCCUUACCUUGGCGCUACCUACCGUGAGUCGAUUGCCAACGCUGCCAGCGCCAUUGCGUCUUCUCCCGAACAGCAGAACCUCCUUCGUGCCGACUCCGGCGCCCAGUACGACCAGAUCAUCACCAUAAACCUUUCGGAGCUGGAGCCUCACAUCAACGGGCCCUUCACUCCGGAUCUUUCGACGCCUCUCAGCAAGUUCAAGGACACCGUUGAGGAGAAGGGCUGGCCCAAGACUUUCGGCGCUGGUCUCAUCGGCAGCUGUACCAAUUCAAGCUACCAGGAUAUGACGAGAGCGGAGGAGCUUGUCAAGCAGGCUCAAGCAGCUGGUCUGAAGCCCAAGGCGAACUUCUUCAUUACCCCUGGCAGUGAGCAAAUUAGAGCCACGCUCGAGAGAGACGAGACUCUGGACACUUUCUCCUCUGCUGGCGGCACCGUUCUGGCCAACGCUUGCGGACCUUGCAUUGGACAGUGGAAGCGUACUGACGAAGUCGCGAAGGGUGAGGCGAAUGCCAUUUUCACCAGCUACAACCGUAACUUCCCUGCCAGAAACGAUGGUAACAGACAAACGAUGAACUUCCUGGCCUCGCCCGAGCUGGUCACCGCUCUCAGCUAUGCCGGCAGCACUACCUUCAACCCCAUGACCGACUCUAUUCCCACUGCCUCUGGCACUCCUUUCAAGUUCGCUCCUCCUAAGGGCCAGGAUCUUCCCUCCGCCGGUUUCGAGAUCGGCAACCCCGACUUCCUUCCCACCCCCGGCAAGCCUGACCCCAGCGUUGAGGUUAAGGUUGACCCUAAGUCCUCGCGUCUCGCUCUUCUCGAGCCUUUUGCACCUUUCCCCGACUCUGAGCUUACUGGUCUCCGCGUUCUCUACAAGGUCAAGGGCCAGUGCACAACGGACACGAUCAGUGCUGCCGGCCCAUGGCUCAAGUACAAGGGCCACCUGCCCAACAUUGCCGAGAACACCCUCAUCGGUGCCGUGAACGCUGCGACCGGCGAGACUAAUGUUGCUUACGACACUGACGGCAGCUCGUGCGGUAUCCCCGAAUUGGCUAAGCGGUGGAAGGACCAGGGUCUGGAGUGGAUCGUUGUCGCCGAGCACAACUACGGCGAGGGUAGCGCCAGAGAACACGCAGCCCUUCAACCCAGAUACCUGGGUGGCCGCGUGAUCCUCUCCAAGUCGUUCGCCCGUAUUCACGAGACCAACCUCAAGAAGCAGGGUGUCGUCCCGCUCACGUUUGUCAACGAGAAUGACUACGACCUCAUUGACGCGUGCGACGAGAUCAGCACCGAGGGUCUGUACGACGUGCUCAAGGCCGGUGGUAAGGGCGAGAUCAAGCUUAAGCUGAAGAAGAGGAACGGCGAAGAGAAGCUCAUCAGCACGAAGCACACGCUGAGCCGAGACCAGUGUGGUUUCAUCCUGGCCGGCAGCGCGCUCAACCUGCUGGCCCGCAUGGGUAGGGAGAGUCAGGAAGAGAUCACGAGACAGGCGGAGCUCUCUGAUUAA